AUGGCGUGCUUCGAUGAGCACCUUGAGCUCCCCGAACAGCGUGAUGCGCCUGUUCCUCGGGGCUGGUCGAUGAAGCUCGGCCACCGGAAGCGCCACAGCGCUCGCGCCACCGUCAGCGAGGUCGUGCUCUGCGGCCGCUCCACGGUGAAGCGCAGCGUGAACUCCGGCAGACGCUGGGAGAACCCGGGCUUUUGGGAGAAGAAGGUCCAAAGCUGCAGGCAGUGGCGUAGCGUUGUCGAUGACAUGAUGGAUGCUGUCUCAGAGCUUGAGACUGACGACAUUUGGUUAGCUUGGGAGGUGAGUGAGGAUGAGGGCCUUUGGAAUGACAUGGAGGAAGUUGAGGAGGACUUCGAUGACUGCAGCAGUGCGGACCUCUCCACUACGGCCUCCACCUGCGAGCUGCCAGUGAAGUACCCCACACGGUGGGAGAAGGCCCUCGAGCACGCGCAAGUGGUGGCCAAGGGGUACCGAGAUGGACCUGCAGAGACGGCCACCAGCCGAAAGUCUGAGAAUGAGAAGAUGAAGGAUCCUGAGGUGCAACGAGUGGCCCAGACCUUGCAAGCGCAGCGUGUGAAGUUGUGCUGCCCUGAGCUCCAGCAUCGCCUGCAUGACACCUUCGAAGAGUUCCGGAUGAGCUUUCUGGAGAAGUUCGGUGAGACCCUCAGCCGUGGCCUUCAGUCCUGCUAUGUUGGUGAUGUGGAGUUGAGGGCGGCACCCGUGAACAAGUCUUUGCAAUCCAGAUUCCUGAGCUGCAAAGACAAGCAGCCAGACACUCUCUCCCCGGUCCUCCAUGGCACUGAUGAGAGAAACCUGCCUUCGAUCUACCAAAAAGGACUCUUGGUGCCUGCAGGUGAUAACAAUGUGAAGGUCCUCCAUGGUUCUUCUCAUGGCCGGGGCAUCUACACCUCCAAGACCAACAACACAGCGCUGUCCUUUGGCUUCUCCAAGGGCCUCGCACGCCCUCUUCUCAUUUGUGCCGUGCUUGACGAUGCUGUAGCCUUGCCCAGUCCGGUGCGCUGCGGAAACCACUACAUCACAGCCGAAUCUGCACAAGUGCGACAUGUGGGCGACGCCAUCGUGGUCUUCGACGAAAGCAAGCUCCUGCCGCUCUUUGUGGCGUCCUACCCGACCCAAAGUCUUCCGAAACAGGUGACCACUUCCACGGCGACGUCCGCGACAUCUGCAACGAUCGUCCGCGACCCGCCUGACGUGCCGCCCGACAAGAAGAAGCACAGUGUCGGUCCAAGGACACGUCUAAAGCCGACUCAGGGGCUGAAGUCUCGGGUUCAAGAAGCCGUGGACUAUCUGCAGCGUCGUGGGGCUCGGAAGCGACGUCCAUGA